AUGUACGCUAAACUGUUCAUUCUGUGCGUGGUCGCGGCGGUAGCGCUGGCUCGCGAGUACCCCGCCGGCCUCCAUCCAGCAGUAUGUCCCAACUACCCCUACUGUGACACCAAUGCCUUCACCCGGUUCACUCCCGAGGGUAUGCCCAUCCCUGAAUGGGUAUACAACCCCUCCAUCCUGCCUGUAGCUCCAGCUGAUCCUAACGCUAACGUUGCAGCGAAAUACCCAGCGAACUUCAACGCCGCAGCUUGCCCCAACUACCCGUACUGCUGGUGA